AUGUCACUCUCUAGCUACCUUGCCUCCAAGUACCUCUCCGCAGACCCCCCUUCCUCCUCCAGCAGCGGCAAGAAACGCAAGCGCAAGAACCCAAAGGAGAACAGCGGCCUCAUCAUCGCCGACGACGACGCCCUCGGCUGGACAGCCUCAACCGAGAACCACGAUGACGACACCCCGCUCGCCAUCUCCUCCGGAUCUGCCGAGUUCCGCAAGGCGAAGAAGAGCGCGUGGAGAACCGUUGGGACACCUGCGCUGCAGCCUCGAGAUGGGGAUGCGGAGGCCGCGGACCGGAUCGUCGCGCAGGCCGCACAGGAGAACAGCGCUGCGAUGCAGCAGGACGAGGGGCCGGUGGUGGAAGGUGGUGGCGGUGACGACGGCGUGGUGAAGAUGGGAGACGGGACCCACGCGGGACUCCAGAGUGCGAAGGCCGUAGCCGCGCAGUUUCGGAAGCGGAAGAGGGAGGAGGCGGCGGCCUGGGAGAGAGAGCAAGCCGCGCUAGGCUUGAGUACGGGGAAAGGAGGCAAGAGGAAGGAGGAGGAGACUGUCUACCGCGACGCCACGGGUCGACGGAUUGAUAUCUCGAUGCGGCGGCAGGAGGCGCGCCGGGAGGCUGAUGCAAAGGCGGCCAAGGAGAGGGAGGAGCUGGAGCAGCAGAAGGGUGAUGUGCAGUUGAAGGCGAGGGAGAGGAGGAGGGAGGAGCUGGACGAGGCAAGGUUUAUGACUGUUGCGCGGGGGGUGGAUGAUGUGGAGAUGAAUGAGGAGUUGCGGGAGGUGGAGCGGUGGAACGAUCCGGCUGCCCAGUUCUUGGUGAGGAAGGAGGACGGGAAGAGCAGGAGUGGGAAGUGGAUGAAGCAAACCUACAAGGGAGCUGCGGCGCCGAACAGGUAUGGGAUACGGCCUGGGUAUAAAUGGGAUGGUGUUGAUCGGGGCAAUGGAUGGGAGGGGGAGAGGUUCAAGGCGCUCAAUCGCACGAUUCGGAACAAGGAGCUCGAUUACGCUUGGCAGGAAGACACGUAG